AUGGAGCUGGGGACUAUUUUGGUGUUUCUUGUGUCUGUUUUAGUUGGAGCCUAUUUUUAUAUUAAAAACAAGCACACUUACUGGAUUAAGAAAGGUAUUGCUGGUCCAAAACCGCAGUUUUUCUUUGGCAAUGCUUUUGACCCAAUUAAAAAUGGCUUGGCUGCCACCGAGUUGCAAUGGAUGAAAAACUACGGACAGAUGUAUGGCAUUUACAUUGGCCUGACACCCGCCUUGACAAUCACCGAACCUGAUCUGAUCAAACAGGUGAUGAUUCGUGAUCUUCCAACCGUGUUCAUGAACCGCCGAAAGCAAAAAUUCGAGCAUGAAAUCUGGAGUAAAAAUCUGUUUCAUUCUGAAGGAGAUCUAUGGAAAAAGAUCCGCAGCAUCACUAGUGUGGCAUUUACCAGUGCCAAGAUGCGCAACAUGAGUGGGCUAAUGAAUCAGUGCGUUGACAGGCUGAUUCUCUACUUUGACAAGCUGGUGGAGUCGGAAAACAGUGUGGUCAACAUUAAAGAAGUUCUUGCUGGGUAUACUAUCGAUAUUAUUGGCACCACUUCCUUUGCCGUUCAAACAAAUGCAAAUGAUGAUCGAA